AUGUUCCGCUCCUUCACCGCCGCUUCGGCCCCGAUCCCCACCGAGACGCCUUUCGUCACGAGCGUGGGCGAGAGUCGCCGCCACUUGGUCGACCGCCUCCGCGCCUACCACCUCGACAAGUACAUUGCCUUGCCGCAGAUUGCCGUCAUGGGCGACACGUCGAGCGGCAAGUCGUCCGUCUUGUCGGCCAUCUCGGGCAUCACGUUUCCGUCGUCGAGCACGCUCACAACGCGCUGUCCGACGCAGCUCGUGCUCUCGCAGGCACCUAAACUCUCGGGCUCGGCGCGCCUCAUGCGCUACAACGGGACUCCCGAGCCACCGACGGCUAUUGCGAGCAUGGCCGACGUCACGGCUGCGAUUGCAUCACUCACGCAGCAGCUCGUCGACGAAGGCCAGAGCAUCAGCGACGACUGGAUCGAGAUCGCGCUGGAAGGUCCCGCGCUGCCGGACUUGACGCUGGUCGACCUCCCGGGGCUCAUCCGCACGGUCGGCGACGAUGAAGACGUGGGCAUGAUUGCGCGCGUCCGGGCCCUCGUGCAGCGCUUCUUGCACCAAGAACGCACGAUCAUCUUGGCCGUCGUGCUCGCCAACGUGGACGUGCACAACACUGAGAUUUUGCACCUUUCCAAGGAGGUGGACGCGGACGGGACGCGGACCAUGUCGAUCCUCACCAAGCCAGACCUCGUCGACGUCGGCUCGGAGCAGGCCGUUCUUGAUCUGCUCGCGAACCGCACCAUGAAGAAUCGGAGCCACGGCUACCACAUGGUCAAGUGCCGCGGGCAAGACGCGCUGAACAAGGGCGUGUCGAUUGAAGCCGCGCGCAACGAAGAGGCCACCUACUUUGCAACGCACAGCGUCUGGCGCAGCGUGGACACGCACUUGCUCGGGACAGGUCGCCUCGCGACCAAGCUCUCGAUGCUUUUGCUCGCGUUUGUCGAGAGCGAGCUGCCCAAAGUGUACGCCGAGAUUGACACGCAAACCGCCGACUGUCAGCGCGAGCUCGCGGCGAUGGGGCCGCCACUGCGCACGGCCGGCACCCGCCGUCAGGUCUACAUGGAGCACGUCCGUAUUGCCAAGCAACACUUGGACGAUGCGGCCCACGGGCAGUACAAGGGCGACUUUUUCCGCGACGGGACGGACGACAACCGACUGCGGGCCCAGCUGCGACGCCUGGAAGGCGAUUUCCAGGAGGCCAUUGACAGCUUGUCGACGAUCGACGUCAAUGUGGUCGACAUGCCCAAGCGAGAGCCACUGGUCGGCGAUUACGUCGAAGUUCAUGAAGGCGACGACGAAUGGCAGGUGCAAAAGGUUACCAAGGUCGGUUCCAAAAGCCGUGUGUUGACUGCCGCCCACAGCCACGCAUGGUUGGAGCGCGGCAGUGAGUGGCGCUUCAUGACGGUUCUCGACACGACGGAGCUUAAGCAGCUCAUGCUUGACAGCCGCGGCGACGAGCUCUCGCUCUUCCUCUCGUACACGACGUUUGCGAACGUGACCGAGCAGCACUAUUUGAGCGCAUGGGAAGCCCCGAUGCAAACGCUCUUUGAGGGCUACAAGGCGUUGCUCGCCGAGGUGACGCGCCGCGCGAUCAUCUCGACGCAAGCGCCAACAGGGGUCCAACAGCACCUCGAGCGCAUCGCCAACCAAGUGCUGACCACGUGCGCGGACGCGACCAAACCAGCGCUCGACAAGAUUAUGCACAAGGAGAAGCGCCCGUACACGCAAAACGACGCUAUGUACCGCGACUUUACGACGCUGCGCUACCAGCCGCUGAUGCAAGGGCUCGACGCACUCUCAGCAAACGUGUCGAUGGGGGCGGUCAAGGCCCUCCUCCAGAUGCACGCCAGUGUUGGCUCGGUGAGCAACGAGGACGCCCAAGCCACCGACCUCCACCAUGCGAUUUCGGCGUACCUGCACGUGGCCAAGAAGCGCUUUACGGACCUGGUUCCAAUGGAGCUCAACAGCACUCUUGUCGAGUCAUAUGUGAUGCAACUGGCGCGCCGCUGGGAGACGAUGGACGCGACGGAUGAAAUUCUAGAGCGCAUCCUCUUUGAGAGCGACGCUGACGCGUUGCGCCGCGACGAACUGGGCAACAAGCUCGAGGCGCUUCGCCGUGCCAAGGACGACAUUGACAUGCCGUGA